AUGAAAAGAAUAUAUUCUAAUCGCAAUAAAAUGAUGUAAACAAAGGUUAUUUCCAACUUAAAUACUAAAUUAAAGUUUAUAGUUUAAGUAUUCUAAGGUUUAAUUUUUAUAUAUUUUAUAUAUAUUUAAAAACAAGAGAAAAUGUUCUUAAUUUUAUCUUAGGAAGACCAUCCUCUUUAUGAAAGAAGAUUCCCCUUAAAAAAAACCACUCUAGUUAGUUAGUAAGUACUAAAUGCGUAAUUCAUUUUGCAUGCUGCCUUAGAUGUAUUUGAUGAAAAAUAUAAAUCAUCCAAAGAAUUGUAUAAAUUAACAAUUAACAAGAUUCCUCAAAGAGAUUGAUUAAAAAUAAGACUAUAGAGUAUAUGGCUAUGUUACUCCAUCGAAUAUCAGAUUUUUAGUAUUGACUGAUUAAGAUGAAGAACGUGUGAAAAUAUUUUGUUAAUUAGCACAUGAAUAAUUAAUAAAAAUCUUAAUGAAUCCAUUAUAUUAAUUAGGAACAUAAAUUACUUCUCCAAGCUUUGAGUCUGUAAUUUAAUAAUUGUUGUAGAAUAGAUUAAACUAAUGA